CGAGAACAUUCAUUGCAAAAUGUUGCUACAGACUCAAAGCUCUGUCCCCAUGAAUAGUGAAACGCUUCUGCGUUGUGCGAGGUCGGUAUCAGCCACGCGAUGACGGUUGAAGCGGGAAGCCGAAUCACUACUACGUUUUGCAUCCCACGUCAUAAGAAAUGCGGCUUACUCGCACGCGGCUGCAGUGGUCCCCAUACAAUGUGACCCUUCGACUCAAUGCGUCCAGGUAGAUCUGAGGUACCAUCGACCGAUCUACGCGGAACGAAAAGCCACGCAGCUCUGCAUUGGCCCCAGUCCCCACUCCCUGCCGCUUCUCAGUAGGGAUUAUCAAGACACUCUUUCAUCAUUGCUUGCAGGGUUGUGCUCACAUGGAUGACAACCGGUUUGAAGCUGGCACUCGUUAUCAAUAUUGCGGUGAUUGAAGAAGUUGCGUCAGUCUGCAUCAUGUCUUCUUUUUCAGCCUGACUUCAUUUGAAAGACCUUGAGCUUCUUACACUCCACGGUAUCUACAUUUUUUCCUUUCCAGAAAACUCCAGCGGAAUUCUACAGAGCUCGUUCUACUUUUUUUUUCUAAACUCAAUAAGCGCAUAAGAGCACAACAUGUCAUCCGAAAAUGCUGAGGAAGUGAAAGGCACCGCCGCCGGCUCAGGUGAGGCCAAUCUGGACGCUACUGCUACUGGAUCUGGUUCUAUCUCUGGCCAAGCUUCAGGCAAGAAAACUGAGAAGCGCACGCCAAAAAAGUUGGGGAAGAAGCAGCCACAGCAAGAACCUACUCCAGAGCCAUCACCUCAACCCGACGGUGAAGCAGAAGAGGAAGCUGAUGGAGUAGGAGCCGAAGACCCAGAGCCAGAGCCAGAGCGUGCCGUCUCCAAGCGACGACAAUCUCGAGGUCGUGGACGUAGAGGGGCAGCCGAUAGUGAUACCGAAUCAAUUGCGCGAUCCGAUGUCUCAGCUGCAGGCGGCGGACGACGUAACCGCCAACGCAAGCAGAAGACGCAAGAAAAGCAGGGCGGCCAGCUCGGCGGUAUAGCCGAGGGACUGCCAGGCGGAGAACUUGUCAAUGGAGCAACCGACAUGGUUCAAAAUACCGUUGGCAACACCGUUGGCCAGGUCGGAAACACAGUCGGUGGGCUGACCAAAGGUCUGAGCGGUGGUGGAGACGAAGAAGACGGCAAAGGCGAACAGCUGCGGCUACGUUUGGAGCUCAAUCUUGACAUUGAAGUCCAAUUGAAAGCAAAGAUCCACGGUGAUCUUACCCUCGGUCUACUUAAUUAGACACAUAGCAUUCGGUCCCUUUGGAAGCUCUUGUUUAGUUGCGUCAAUUUUUGAAGGUGCCCAACGGAGUCGAGGAUAUCCAAAUGUAUCCAUAGUUCCACAAAUGCAAGAAUCUUUUUUUUCA